UUUUGGUGGGACUAUCAAUAGCUCUGACAGAAUUUGUUAUUUGGGGCCCUCUGGAGGAAUGCCCUCUUGGGUAAUGGUGACAGGUAUCGUCUUCAUGUGGCCCGAUUCAGUUCAACCACUGGUGCUGUUAUGACAUUUACAUAGUAAUGUGAUUGAAUGAUACAAGAGCAGAUACUAUGAUGGUGCAGGUGUCAGUGAAUGGGUGGCGAAGAAAAAAUUAACAAAGACAGGUGGGGCUUAUAUUCUGCCAGCUACAUUGAGAAUGAUGCAAGCACAGAUAACUGACAAAACUAGUAUUUCGUAUCAAAAAAUGGCUUUGGAGGCUCUUUAAAAGAGUAUUAAUGAUCUAUCAACAAGGCACAUACGAUCACAUGAUCACAAACACACCCAGCUCCUAAGGUCAACUUUUUUAAUGUUGUCAAACGUCGAUUUGUUAAGGAACUAGUGGAACUAAACAUGCAUGUAGUUUGUGGGUGGUGGUUUAGAAUUACUGACUGUAUUACUUGAAGAUCCUACGAGUGAUUCAGUUGGAGUUGCAAUUGGUUUUAUUAAAGAUUGUAGAUCCAUAACUAAUAGAUUUAUCAAGUAUCAACGACAGGAAUAAAAUAAUGAUGUGUUUUAUCAAUUAUAAAGCAAUAAAAGAAGAGAUAUUAGGGUGGGGCCUUCUGCUGAAGAGGAAGGGGAGAGUAACAAUUAAGAUAAGAGUGAGGAGGGAGAUGGUGGAGAAAUGAAGAUUAUACAGUGUAGAUGAUUCACAAACUUCACAAGUUAGAACUGAGGAAGAUAAUCUAUCUUAAGUACUAUAGUGUCAAGUUUGGAACUUAAAGAUUGUGCACACAAGCUGCUUAGGAUAGAGAAACCAGGACAAGAGCCUGUUGUUGUUAAUAGGAUUAUUGAGUGUUGCAGUCAGGAGAAGUCAUAUUAAAGGUUUUACAGACUUGUAAGUGAAAGAUUUUGCCAUCUAGAGGAGAAGUGGGUGGAGAAAUUUGUUACUACUUUUCAGAAACAAAACACAGAUUAAUAAGUUAAUACAAAGUGUUUCCAAAUUUUUGCUCAAUUGUUAUACACAACCACAUUGUCAUGGACACGCUUGUCAUUUAAAUGAAAAAGAAACAACAUCUCAGAUCAUAUUUUCAUCAAAGUUUUGUUUUCACAUUUGACAGAAGAUUUGGGCACUCAGUAAUUGAACAAGGCUUUGAGAGGUCACACUCUCUCAGUUAAAAGAAUCCUUUUAAAAGAUAAUGGAGGAAAAUAUACAUUUUUUAUUAAUUUUUCACAAGUAUUGGACUUGGAAGACUCACUGAUGACUUGAGGAAGCAUAUUUUGAGAAAUAUGGAAUGGUAGACUAUUAAUCUAUUUUGUUUGGUUUAGUUUUUUUUAUUUUGCAUUUGUUUGAGGUUUAUUUCUUUAUGAGCAAAGCCCUUAGUUAUGAUUUAUGUAUUAUUAUGCUGUACAUAUGGAUAAUCAUAGACAUUUCCUAUGGGAUAAGUGUGAAAUGUUCACACCCCCUCAUUUGCAGCCGAGCCACGCCCUGACUAAGGAAAUUCACAGACAGGCUGCAAACAAGGGUGGAGUACAGAAUCUUUCUUCUCUUCAAACUAAACCUCCCCUUUUAGCUCAAAUGGCAUCGAAGAUUGUUGAAGCUGUUCGAAAUAGUCCCAUAAUUGGACGUAAAGGUGGCUACUCUCCGAUAGUUACGCACAACAGCGACCCUUUUGUGCAAGGAAUUCCAUUUCAUGCAUACCACCUUGCUACCGUGGAUGUUCCGGACCGAGUAGGGACAGACAAGGUUCAAACUACAAUUAGUAUGGCACUAGACGAAGUGCAAAAGGCCAAGAAACAACCACCAAAGGUAACACUCAUUAUAAAAGCGGUUUCGAUCACUGUACGAGAAAGUUCCAAGGCCGAGACGGUUUAUCCCAUCUAUCUCAUAUCUUAUUGUGGUAAUGCAAAAGAUACUGAUGUUAUCUUCUUCUUCAUCUUUAAGAAUAAGGAGGAUCAAAAAAUUCGAGCAGAAGUUUUUAAGUGCUCCUCAGAUGAAAAAGUCCUUGCAAUAACACGUACAGUUUCAAAAGCAUUCAAUAUUGCAUACAAAGCAUGGCAAACAAAGAAACGACAAGAACAGCGGACCAACUCCCCUAAAAGUUCACCAUUGCUUCAACAAAAGACAGCCAAGGAUACAGUGGAUUUAGGUAAAUCCAUUGCUCAGAAAAAUGUUGCAGCAGGGGGAUCAAGCUACUUCACUCCACCCAUCCCUCGCAAGUCUCCAGACAAGGAACAACGCCAGCGAACUGGAUCUCUUGAUGAUGAUGAGGACACAACAAAAUUAGCCUCUACUCUAAAAAAUGCAGCAUUGGACAGGGUGAAAGUUAAGAAUGAAGCAUCAGGUAGUACACAUGAUGUCACUGUUACUGAUGACUUUGAUGAUGGGUUUGGAGACCUGAUUUCUGAGCGCCAUGGACGCCCAGUGGCUAUUAGUCCACAUGAUAACCCAGAGAGUUUCAAGUUUGAAGAGGUCAGGAGGCACACAAUUACAGAAGAAAGUCCUGACGAACCACUUAUCCAGUUUUAGUUUAGAGAACUUGAUACUAAUGCUGCUUAAACACUUUUCAUAUAACUUUAAUAUUGCUAUAAUAAAUUUUAGUUUAAAAUGCACAUUUAAAUGGAGGUUUCUUUGAUAUGGUCUUUUUUCCUUCUAUUGAUCUGCAAUAAA